AUGAAUUCACAUCUCUUCCGCAUAAUCUGUAUACUCCAUUCGAUCAUAGCACUCACAAGUGGAACCCUGAUGAUGUUCUACACAGAUAAAGCUUCGAUCUUUGGUCACGGCAGCGAGAUAGCGAACAAGCUCAAAGGAUCAACACCUCACGACGAGCUGCUCAUCCAGAUUUCUCAAUCCUUCUCCGGUUUGCUUCUCUUUGCGAUUGGUUUGGUACUUUUCAUGGUGUCCUUUGUUAAAGACAGAGACUUCCACAGCUUCUUCGCGGGAGGCUGUGUGGUUCUCUAUGUGCUUAUGGCUCUGUGGAGAGUUAUCUUCGAGUGGAAGAUUGAAGAUCUUGCCUUUGAAUGCCCCAAGCAAGCUCUUGGAGAUAUUGCUCUGGCUAUCUCUUGGGUUUUCUUCCUUGUUUACACAUGGAGGGAGAAGUAUGAUUGA